GCGGGCCAAUGGCGGCACAGGAAGCGACCACAGAGAGCGUUGUUCGACUGUAAUGAAUACGCUCUCAUUCAUAUUUUCUCUCAUCAGGGAGAUUUUUGUUUUAUGUCCAUUUACUUCUUGCAGGGAUAAUCGCUAUCCCGCAACCCGGAUAAUAAGGGAUCGACUCCGACGCGGAAACAGCGGUUAAGCGUCGUUAUGUAUCGCGGUUCUAGGCCGCACAGAGGCGGCUAUCAUCCUCCGCCGUCUCGCGGUUUCGGGCCUCGUCCCGGACCAGGCCAUCCUUCAGACCGGGGACACCAAGCUCCUCCGGACCCGUACCGGCGCUCUUCCCCGCGGAGGAGAUACUCCCCUGGAGCAAGAGAUCCGCCCGAUGAAUAUAGAGGAGCGCGGCCACAAAGAGGCUAUGGGAGGUACAGUCCAUCUCCUCCUCGUGGUGGUCUCCCCGCUGACCACAGUCUGGUCAUAACUGUGGGCAAUGAGCUGAACCAUCCAUCAGGCUAUAAAGGGGCAGAUACUCCUUAUGUCCGAGAUUAUGCUGCUGGAGAUUCACACUAUAAUAAGCCCUAUUACUCUCCACGGAGGUCAAGCCAUGAUGGACACAGCGAUAGGGGUUCGAGGAGGCGCAGUGUUAGUCGCGGCAGGAGCAGGGGCAGGAGUCGCAGUCCUGGCUACGCGCGCAGCAAAAGUCGACCGCGCAGCCGGAGUCGGAGCUACAGUCGCGGCAGGAGUCCCGAACGAGCGAAGAGCCGUGCGCGUAGCAAGAGCAGAACCCGUGCGAGGAGCUACAGUAGAAGCAGAAGCCGAAGCGGAAGUCGUGGUCGUGAUAAGAGUAGGGCCAGGAGCAGGGCAAGGAGCAAGAGCCGGCCUCGAAGCCGCAGCCGAGAAAGGAGUCGAAGCAGGGCGAGAAGCAGAGCAAGGAGUCACGCUAGGAGCCGCAGUGUCAGUCGCAGUGGCAGCAGUAGCAGCAGCGGCUCCAGCAGGAGUCGUCACAGCAGCGCCAACAAGAGAGUCAAGUCAGGUAAUUUUAGGCAGCAAGAGGAGGACUUUACUGAGCUUGAGAAGGCUCGGAGACGCAAGGAAAUUCAGGAUAUGCUUGUGAAGCCGGCAAAGUCAAUUUUGAAGAAAAGAAUGGAUUCCUCCGAGACUGAUUCUCCCAUGCUAGUGCAGAAUAGUGAUUCUCCUCGAGGAAAUCCAGAUGGUGGGCUUUCACAUGAGGCAGAACAGCUUCUCUGUGCACUUUCCAAAACCAUGGAUCCAGACUUGUUUGCAUCCAUGCUGGGGAAAACUUCUGAUGGUAAUGUUCUUGAAGAGCUGAUUGGCAAGCUCCAGUCAGCCGGAGAGGGUGGAAGUGACUUGCUCCUUCCUCACGAGAAAGGGAGACAGAAGGCAGAACUCACAGAGUUGCUUGGAAUGAUAGCAGUAGCCCAUUCUCAGAAAAAGAGUCUUACAGAUAUUGAAGAUGAAGAGAAAUUUCUCUAUGGAGAUGAAGAGGGUGAUGAGGUGAAAACUGCUAAGGAGAAUCCAGCAGAUUCCAGCUUUCCAGACACAAGUUUCCCACAGUCUUGUGAUAUUCAGAGAAGAGAACAUGGCUCUGCGCCUUACACUUAUGGCCAUGCUGCAGAAAAUGUGACGAGCCAUUCGCAGAGAGACAGCAGGCAUCGUUCCUCGGCCACACCUGAGAUGCAUCCCAAGGAAGAACCUGAGGACUUCCCACCUGGAGUUGGGCCACAGGAUGUCAAGGUGAGGAAGGAGGUAGAGGAGUAUGAAAAGAUACAAGAUUUGCUGAAAACAAUUGGCUUUGACCUGGGUGUGGCCGAAAUAAGCAAGAUGGCCGCCCGGACGCAAGAGCGCCUCCACGGUGCCACCCCUGCAAAGAAGGCACCAGCUGGCCGGCAGUCGGAUAGAAAGCACCGGAGCCGUAGUAGGAGUUACAGCAGCAGCAGUGGAAGCAGCAGGAGCUCCAGUCACAGUCGGAGUAGCAGCCGAAGCAGAAGCAGAAGCAGGGAAAGCCGAAGCCGAAGUAGCAGUUUCAAUCGCACUUCAAAACAGAGCCGGAAAAAGCAAGUUUCCCCAGAACAAAGAUCUCAACGCUCACAUAGUCAAAACAAGAAAGAGGCUCAACCUGCCGUCACAGAAAGCAGAUGGCCUACGACACCCACUGUGGGUCCUGGGACACAGGCAUAUCCUUCCCAACCCAGCCUCCCGGCACAUCAAGUGCCCCCAUACCCACCCCCACGGGGAGUAAUGCCACCUGACUUCCCUCCACACGGUUACGAUGCAUAUGGCAAUUAUGUUCCAUAUAUGCCCCCGGGAUGGCCGAUGUACCCACCUCCAGGUAUGCCAGUACCUCCUCCCAGUCCAAUGGAUCCCUACAGCCUACCUACCUUUGAGCGACCCUUUCUUAAAGUGAUUAAACCUGGGACAAGUGAGAGUAAAAACGACAAUAAAAAAGCACCUUCUAAAUCGGAUGCUGUGGCCUCUAAAGCGAUCACCACUGACAUUAAGAUGAAAGAAAUGGAAGAUAAGAAUACCGCCAGCGAAAAACAAAAGGUCAUGGAAGAGCUUGAAAAACUAAAAAAGGAAAAAAUAAUGCGACACAAGAGAAAAGAAAAUCUUUUAAAGGAUGUGGAGACAUUGAGAAAGCAGCAAGGGGAGCUUCUUCGAAAGAAGCGAAGGGAGAAGGAUGGACACAAGGACCCUCUUCUUAAAGAGCUCGGCGAGCUCCAAGAGGAUGCGAUGGCCCAAAUCUCUAAGUUGCGUGCUGAACAAAGAGAGGCAAAUCAAAAACACGAAGAGCUGGUCAAAGUGGCACUCAUUCUCGGUAUAGACUACAAAGACUCGAAGAUCUAUGGGGACUAUGAGCAUCAGCCCCCUCAGAGUAAGAAGGAUUCAACCAGAAGCCCAGAGAAAUCAGGGGCCAAAACCAGCACCUCGUACACUAAGGUACCCUCCUCAAAAGCAAGAGCCUCUCCUGAAAAACCCAAGUCAUCUCCUCAGUUAAGCAGCCAUUCCCCGGACACUGCUGCUGAGCAGUUUGAGUACUACGAUGCGGGAAACCACUGGUGUAAAAACUGCAAUGUUACCAGUGGUUCAAUGUUUGAUUAUUUCAUGCAUUUGCACUGCAAAACCCAUAGAAAGACUCUAGAUCCUUAUGACAGACCUUGGGCAAAAUCAGAGAGUGAAAAGAAACAAUCAGCUGGAAAGAGGACUUCAAAGCCAGCCAAAGGCUCUGAGUUCUUGAUCCCUGUGAGGGGAUUCUUCUGCCAGUUAUGUGAAGAGUUUGUUGGUGAUCCCAUUUGUGCUGAGGCCCAUGUCACCUGCCAUACUCACAAUGAGAGAUACAAGGCAAAAAUGUAUGAAAAUCCCCUCUAUGAACAAAGGAGGAACCUGGACCGUCAGGCUGGGAUAGAGAGCCAAAAGACUUCAGAGCACAAACGAAAACGUGAAGACGACGAUCAGGAUAUGAAGAAAUCCAAACACAGCAAAGGAGGAAAAAUGUCAAGUAAUGAAGUGGAGACGAAACCACAGUACAGCAAGGAAGAGGAGUACAAGAACACCAAAGAGAAUGAGAAUAAACUUAAGGAGAAAUACAAGAAAGAGGAAACCGAUAAACUGAAAUACAAGGAGGAUGAUGAGAGAUUCAAGAUGAAAGAGGAAGAGAGAGUGAAGUAUAAAAAAGAUGAUGAUGAACGAAACCGUUACAAGAAAGAAGAGGAAUACACAAAUAGAUACAGGAAGGAAGAAGGGGAGAGAUCCAGGUAUGAAGGGGACAGAUUUAGAAACCGAGAUGAUGAUGAACAUGGUCGGUAUAGAGAAGAGGACGACAGAUAUAGAUUUAGAAAGGAUGAUGAGAGGGGCCGAUAUGGUAAAGAAGAGGAGAAGGCCAAGUAUGGCAGAGAAGAGGAUAAGAGAUACAAAUACACUCGGGAGGCCGAUGAUAAGAAGUCAAAAUUUAAAGAUGAUGACUGGGGGAAGUGGCCGAAGUCAAAGUGGGACGGGGAUGAAGAAAGUAACGGCAAGUAUGAUAAAAAGGAAGAUAAAACACUGCAACAGAAGGGCAAGGGUGGUUAUUUCAAAGAUGACCAGGAGAGCACAGGGAAGUUCAAUGUUAAAGAUGUCAAAGCAGAGCCAGAGAAAACCAGCGAGCCUCCUAAAGUCUUAUGUGGUCCGAGCCCUGCCUUGCUUGCUAAACUUCGCAAGAAAAAUGAGGAGGCUGCUGGUCGGCCUGGCUUCGGGAAGUUCGGACGGAAAAAGCCACAGAAGACAGCACUGGAGAAGGAGGCAGAGAGGAUGGCGGCACAAUUUUUAAAGGAAGAUGAAGAGGCGCCAAAUGAAAACGCAGAGGCUGAGCUAGAUCCUUUUACCAAGUCUAUAGCUGCAGCAAAAUCCAUUGCUAUGAAAUUGUCAGGAAAGGUUGUGCUUCCCCCCUCUUGUGAAUGGCUAGCAUACAACGAAAAUACAAGUAAUCCUAAUUUACCGCCUCCCAUAUCUCCUAUGGUUAUUAGGAAGUCUUUUACAGGUGUGCAAAAUAAACCAACACCACUUGCUGCUUGUGACAAAUCUGCUGGUCCUGUAACAGGAACUCCGAUGGGCCCAGCGUUGUCAGCAGACCUCAUCUCCAAGGCAUUUAGUGGAGAAGAGGUGCAAUUAAAACACACAAAGCCCUCUGUCAGCCCUGAAGAUAUCCUCAACGUAUCCGUACCACCACUUCCAUCUCCAACUGCAGCGCCCAAAGUGGUAAAUGCUGCCCAGAUGAAACCGGUUACUCCCAGUGAAUGUGUUGUCACUCUUGAGUCCGAUGUGGCUGCUCCCGGAGUGCCUGAGGAGGAGCAGAAGCUCACCAUAAUCCUUCGUCCUCCUCCUCAGCUUUCUUCUAAUGCCAGAGACCCGUCCCCUAAAAUGGUAAAGCCAAAGACCACUCUUGCUGCAGGAAAAGCAAAAGAUUUGUAUGACAUUUUUUACAGUAGUAGCUCUGCUGUUAAAACUUGUGUCAGUGCCAAUGUUGGUGACAAACAAGACUCUGGAUUUACACCUCCAGACAGUGGCUCCAGCUUUAAAGAGUCCAACAAUAAAGACAAAAGCAAUAGUGAUGUUGCUCAGAGCGAAGAACCCCCCAAGAACAAGGACUCAGACGUUGUCCAGAAAGUGGAAUUCCCCAUGUACGUGGAUUCAAGAAUUGCAGAGAGAGAACACCCCAAGAAUGAGGACUCAGAAGUUGCCCAGAAAGUGGAAUUCCCCAUGUACGUGGAUUCAAGAAUUGCAGAGAGAGAACACCCCAAGAAUGAGGACUCAGAAGUUGCCCAGAAAGUGGAAUUCCCCAUGUACGUGGAUUCAAGAAUUGCAGAGAGAGAACACCCCAAGAAUGAGGACUCAGAAGUUGCCCAGAAAGUGGAAUUCCCCAUGUACGUGGAUUCAAGAAUUGCAGAGAGAGAACACCCCAAGAAUGAGGACUCAGAAGUUGCCAAGAAAGUGGAAUCCCCCAUGUACGUGGAUUCAAGAAUUGCAGAGAGAGAACACCCCAAGAAUGAGGACUCAAGAGUUGCCCAAAAAGAUAAACCCCCCAAGAACGAGGACUCAGAAGUUUCCCAGAGCAAAGAACCCCCCAACAAGCCCUCAAGAGUUGCCAUAAGCGAAGAACCCACCAAGAACGAGGACUCAGAAGUUGCCCAGAAAGUGGAAUCCCCAAAUUACGUGGAUUCAAGAAUUGCAGAGAGAGAACACCCCAAGAAUGAGGACUCAAGAGUUGCUCAAGAAGAUGAGUCAGACAGUGACUCAAGCUGUAAAGAGUCCAACAAUAAAGACAAAAGCGCUAGUGAUAUUGCCCAAAGCGAAGAACCCCCCAAAAAUGAGGACUCAGAAGUUACCCAGAGCAAAGAACCCCCCAACAGGCCCUCAAGAGUUGCCCCGAGAGAAGAACCAUCUAAGAACGAGGACUCUGAAGUUGCCCAGAAAGUGGAAUCCCCCAAGAACAUGGAUUCAAUAAUUGUAGAGAGAGAGCAUCCCCCCAAAAAUGAGGACUCAGAAGUUGCCCAGAGCGAAGAACCCCCCAACAGCUCCUCAAGAGUUGCCCAGAGCGAAGUAUCUCCCAAGAGCGAAGACUCGAAGGUUGGACAGAGCGAAGAAUCUCCCAACACAGUGGACUCAAAAUUUGAACAAGCGUUUGAGGAUGCAUUCUUAAAACCUGAGAUUCAAGAAGACGACAACUCAAAAGAGGAAGAUCUUGAUCAACAAGUGCUUAAAUCUAUUGAAAUCUCUUUGGGGGACGUAACUGUGAUGGACGUUAAUAGUGUGGACCCAAUACAGAUAAAUAAUGAAGAGGAAAACCCUCUGGAAUCUGAGGAACCCAUGUCAUUCUCCCCCCUUCCUGGUUCUUUUACUGAGCAACUGAACUUGGACACAUUUGAAUUCAGUUUUGAGCCUUUGUAAAGGACCUUCCAAGAGUAGGUUUAGGGAUGUAUAUGUUACCUCUGAAUGUAAAUAAGUGAUUUUCAAGUAUUCUUUGUAAUUGCUUGAUCCAGUUAGAAUGUUUCAUGUCUAUUCUUAACCUUUUGGCAGGUAAUGCCAGUGAAAGCGUGGACUGAAAAGCAUUCAUUCUGAAGUGGGUGCUGGGGAAGGAAUCCCUCUAAGAGAAUGAAAACUUACAUCAAGUAAUGAACCUUAAAUAUGUGUAAAAGUUUCGCUAUCUUGUCAAAAGCAACAGGUGUUGAGCUACAUGUUUCCGUAUUUUGUUUCCAGCAGAAAUCAUUCCUUUUUCCCCCAAAGGUAAUGUAAAACAUAACGAAUAUGAUGUGUAUUAAAAAUUUCAGACUCUAAAUCCAUUUCUUCUGUUCGUUCCAUUUAAAUCAAUGAAGAUAUUUUAAUACAGGAGCCACAAAGAUCCAGGCUCAGAGAAGAGAAAUGGUGUGGAGUUCAUGCUUCAAGGACAUGCAUUCACAACUUUGGCCAGAAAAUGUCAAGGCUUGGCCUCCGUAGUUUUAUUACCCUGUGCUGUGUAUUGAUGGCUUUUUCCUUCCGGUUUCAGUUUUGUUUUUUGUUUUUUACAAACAAAUGUGUUAUUAUAAUGUUCACAUUGCUACCAUGAUACUUUAGCGUCUACAAAUAGUUGGUGUAAUUGCACAAGUUUUGUGCUAGCUCAAAUAAAUCACAGCAACCCUU